GCGCACAGGGGAGCGGAGCGCCGGUGUGUGCGUGUGUGUGUGUGUGUGUGUAUGCGUGCGCGCGCGUGAGCGAGCGAGAGUGUGUAUUCUCACAGCAGCAUGACGGGGAAGGAUGGGGUCGUGCUCGCGGAGAGCGGCGCUAAGGCGAACGGCGCGAGCGGGAAGAGCGGGAGCGCGCACGCACAGCCGCGCUGCACGGGCUUCGGCAUCCAGGAGAUCCUGGGUCUCAACAAGGAGCCGUGCUGCGCCCCGCGCGCCGCGCUGGACCCGCGCCCCGCCGCGCACCUGCUGACCGCGCGCUCCAUACUGGGCCCCGCAGCUGCCGCGGUGGCCGGAGUCGGGAUGGGGGUCGGGGUGGGAUUACUCGGUCCCGGAGCCAUUCCGUCCUUCUACAGCCAGCCCGCCUUCCUGGAGGUCCUGUCCGACGCGCAGAGCGUCCACCUGCCGCCCCUCAGCAAAACAGCCGCGCAGCUGGACACCAGCCAGUCUGCCAGCUCAGAUUCUGAGGUUUCCUCCAGCGAGAGGAAAUUAUCCAAAUCCUCCCUGAGCCAGAGCAAGAAACGCAAGAAGAGGCGGCACAGAACAAUAUUCACCUCCUAUCAGCUGGAGGAGCUGGAGAAAGCCUUUAAUGAAGCUCACUAUCCUGAUGUUUAUGCCCGAGAGAUGCUGGCCAUGAAGACCGAGCUCCCUGAGGACAGAAUACAGGUCUGGUUCCAGAAUCGUCGAGCGAAGUGGAGGAAGAGGGAAAAGUGUUGGGGGCGCAGCAGUGUGAUGGCAGAAUACGGCUUAUAUGGAGCCAUGGUGCGUCACUCCAUCCCUCUUCCAGAGUCCAUCCUGAAAUCUGCUAAAGAUGGAAUUAUGGACUCCUGUGCUCCCUGGCUACUGGGCGCUUCUCUAAAUGCGAAUCCCCCAACGCUCUUUGCAGGGAUGCACAAAAAGUCACUGGAGGCGGCGACAGGAGCAUUGAGCGGGAAACCAGAGGUCACCCAGCCACCAGCCAGCCAUCCCAAGACAGACGAGAGCGAGGUGGAGGACAGGAGGAGCGAGUCGCCCAUGUCCAAAGAGGAACUGAGAGAGAACAGCAUCGCUGCUCUCCGGGCCAAAGCGCAGGAGCACAGCGCCAAAGUACUGGGGACGGUGUCCUGCGAGAGACUCGAACGCAAAACAGAGACCACAGCGACAGAGGACAAGUCCAGCGAACGUUCAGACUCCCGAGAAGAGGAGAAGAGCCCUUAGACAUGCAUUUAAAAACAUGCCCUCAUUCACGCCUCAUAGUGUCCAAACUGCACUCCCUAAAAUAAAGGCUUCUGAGUGCGGGUCUUGGUUUAUAUGUACAGAACAUACAGCUCUAAUUCAUUAGUAUACGUUAGAAAUUUUAGAUUAUGUUGAGGUUCUUCAAACGUUCAAAAGGACCAUCAUGCUUGCACUAUUUAAAAACAAUUCUUUACAGAACCUUCGACUGAAUGAAAGAAUCCUUGUGGAAACGAAAAGAAAAGUGGUUCUUCUACAGCAUUUCUCCAAGGAACCCUUUUUCGGCACCUUCAUUUUUAGGAGUGCAUCUUUUUCCUUUGAACAAACCAGGUCACUUUUCAUUCUUUUUUUUUGCAUCUGUACUUCACCAGCCCUUUUGUUCUGCCCUCAUUUAGAUCACAGUUUUUUUUUGAUGAUGUUAUUGCAGCUAUUGGGACUGACUGAUAGUAGCAUCACUUUAAAAUGCUGAAAUACGCAAAGCAUGGCACCCUACUGUUUAUUUGUAUUGCCAGUUAGUGUGAAACGUCAUGAUUAACAGCAGGCGUUAACAGUAGGAUCUCUCAGUAUGAUGACUCUGACAAUUGAAUGAUGACAUUUGAUGUCAUUCAGGAUGAUGACAUCAGCCGUACAGUCGUACAACAAUACCGACAGAGUGUUCUUCAUUUAUACUUUAUGAAGACUGUUUUAAAGUAGCCUAAAGUAAUAAUAUUGUACAUUCGGUGCAUUUCCUCUGAUGUUUGUACAGUAUCUUUCUUUUUAAAAGCACUCAGACUCAGUGGUUGGUUGUAUUAGAAUGUAAUGCUGUAUAUAUUGUAAAUAAAGAUAGCUUGCUACAGUAUUGUUUGAACUAUACUUUAAUGUACUGUAGUCUUAUGUGGGGUUUUUGGUGCAAAAUGUAAAAUGUUGAUCAGAUUAUUAAAAAAAAUCUGAACUGUU